ACAACUUUCAUUCGUGACAAUUCGUGUGACAGUGACGCGGUAGGCGGCAGUCAAGUACAAUCGUUCGUAGUGAUUAUAUAUUAUACUCUCUGCAAUCGUUUACGAAAAUGUCUAGUUCUUCACGGAGAAAAUGUUUAAGGAGACAGACUCGAGAAACCAUCGCUAAGGUAUACGAAUUUCUGAAAAAAGACGCGAGAGAUAUAUUAGAACUAGUAUGUGAUUCAGUAUACAGUGCAAGUCCACUUUUAAUAUCAAAAUUAAGUGAUCAUUUAAAUAUCGUACGGAAAAGAACAGCAAUGGCAGUGGGGGUAUCAGAGAGAACAAUUACUACUAUAUUGGCUGAAGGAAAAGAAUCUGACUUUAAAUCUCCGCAUAAAGAUCGUAAAAAACGUUUAAAUAAGUUAGAAUUAGACAACUUUAACGUUGAUGUUAUACGUUCCACUAUUCAAAAUUACCAUUCAGAACAUCGCGAGUUACCUACCUUGCCAAAGUUGAAAAGAAUAUUUCAAGAUAAACUUAACUAUGAUGGAGGUAUUUUGACUCUGCGGACAGCUUUGUUAAAGUUGGGAUACAAAUGUCGAAAAACUGUGGAUAACAGACGUGUUAUUAUAGAGAGGCAUGACAUCCAAAAACUACGAUUUUCCUACCUAAAAAAAUUACUCAAAUACCGUGAAGAAAAUCGGUGUAUCGUAUAUACAGGUGAGAGCUAUAUCUUAACUAAUCAUGUGAAAAACAAAGGAUGGGGUAACAAAGAUGGACCACCUUUAAAGAGAAACCCGUCGAAAGGACAGAGAAUUAUCAUUGUGCAUGCUGGUUCAGAUCGCGGUUUCGUACCUAACGCACUAUUGACUUACAAAGCAAAUAGUGUUACUGGUGAUUACCACUCUGACAUCAACGCAGAAAACUACGAAAAGUGGCUUAAAGAACGUCUAGUACCGAAUCUUCCACCUGACUCUGUGGUUGUGCUUGGUAAUGCCUCAUACCAUAAUGUUCAAAAUGACAGAGCCCCAAAUUCUAAUUCUAAAAAAAUAGAAAUGCAGAGAUGGCUGACAGAAAAAAAUAUAGCUUUUGAGCAAGAUAUGAAAAAAAUUGAACUGUAUGAUUUGAUCAAAAAAAAUAAAGAAAAAUAUAUCUCUUACAAGAUUGACGACAUACUUCAGCCAUAUGGCAUAAAAGUUAUUCGAUUGCCACCAUAUCAUCCUGAAUUAAACCCUAUAGAAGAUGUGUGGGGAAUUUUAAAUAAUUAUAUUGCUUCGCAUAAUGUCGACCAGAAUGUGACAGAAAUAAUGAAAUUCAUAAAUGAAAGUUUAAGUCAAAUUGAUGAAGGGGUGUGGUCUAAUACUUGUCGACAUGUACAGAAGAAAGAAGAAGAAUACUAUAAUCAUUUUGACAUGGAAUCAGAAUUCAUUAUUAACCUUGGUGAGAGAAGCGAAUCCGAAAAUUCAUCAUUUGAUUUUUCAAGUAGCGAUUCAGAAUAAUUAUAAAUAAAUUAUUAUUCUUCAUCAAUUUAAUAAUUAAUAUCAAUUUGCCCACAUCCCUUCAUCAAUUUGACUUAAACGUUCAUUUAUGAGUUUCAUUAUUUCCGUCACAUUCUGGUCGCUAUUCGGUUCGCAUUAUUCUGAAUCGCUACUUGAAAAAAAAAUUGAUGAAUUUUCAGAUUCGCUACUCUCACCAAGGUUAAUAAUGAAUUCUGACUUCGUGUCAGAAUGUCUAUAGUAUUCUUCUUCUUCUUUCUUUUGUUCUUUCUUUUGAAUCGCUACUUGAAAAAUGAAAUGACGAAUGUUCGGAUUCACUAUUUAUAAUAUAUAUUAUUACAUAA